AUUCUAUACAGCCUUCAAACAGAAGUAUGUAAAAACCAUCACCUCAGUACUGCACUGCAUCUGUGAGACGCAGGGCAGAUUUGCCAGACUGCCAAACCAUUUGCAUAGCAGUAGUGCAGAGUUAAACUUUCUCCAGGAGGCUUUCACCUGUGCCUCACUUAAGCUGCUGGAGCAUGGACAGCGCAGGGAGAAAAGUGGUUGUCUGCGACAAUGGGACAGGGUUUGUCAAAUGUGGUUUUGCUGGGUCCAAUUUCCCUGAGCACAUCUUCCCAGCACUUGUGGGCCGACCUGUCAUACGCUCAGACACUAAAGUUGGCAAUAUUGUAAUUAAGGACCUGAUGGUUGGGGAGGAGGCCAGUGAAUGCCGGUCCAUGCUGGAGGUCUCCUACCCCAUGGAGAACGGAAUGGUACGGAACUGGGAGGACAUGCUCCACCUGUGGGACCACACCUUCGGUCCACAGCGUCUCAACAUUAACCCAUCAGACUGUAAAGUCCUGCUGACAGAGCCACCUCUGAACCCUCUGAAGAACCGGCAGAAGAUUGCAGAGGUCAUGUUUGAGACCUACAAGUUCCACGGCAUCUACAUUGCCAUCCAAGCUGUGCUAACACUCUAUGCACAGGGUCUCCUGACCGGUGUGGUGGUGGACUCAGGUGAUGGUGUGACUCAUAUCUGUCCAGUCUAUGAGGGUUUCUCCCUCCCCCACCUCACUCGCAGAUUGGACAUCGCGGGACGUGACAUCACACGUUACCUCAUCAAGCUCCUGCUGCUGAGGGGCUACGCCUUCAACCACUCCGCAGACUUUGAGACAGUCCGCUUGCUGAAGGAAAAGUUGUGCUUUGUGGGCUACAACAUUGAACAGGAGCAAAAACUGGCCAAUGAGACAACCUUCCUGGUGGAGUCCUACACGCUUCCAGAUGGACGUACAGUGCUGGUCGGGGGAGAGAGGUUUGGGGCCCCUGAGGCACUCUUCCAGCCACACCUCAUAAACGUAGAGGGGGUCGGGGUGGCCGAGCUUCUUUUCAACACUAUCCAGGCUGCUGACAUCGACCUCAGGGCAGAGUUCUACAAGCACAUUGUCCUAUCAGGAGGGACAACCAUGUACCCAGGGCUGCCAUCCCGACUGGAGAGAGAGAUUAAGCAGCUGUACCUGGAAAGAGUGUUGCGUGGAGACACAGAUAAACUCUCGAAGUUCAAGAUCCGUAUAGAAGAUCCUCCUCGCCGUAAGCACAUGGUGUUCCUGGGCGGGGCCGUGCUGGCCAACAUCAUGAAAGACAAAGAGUCAUUCUGGCUGUCGAAAGCAGAGUAUGAGGAGAAAGGGCUGAAGGUUCUGGACAAGCUUGGUGGAGCACUGAAAUGAAACCUGAAUCUAUGCAGAUAUAAAUGUAAACACUAUACGCCCAAAAGUUUGCAGACACCUGCUUAUUCAAUGUUUCUUCCGAAAUCAAAGGUACUCUUUAUUGCUGUGAGGAUUUGAUUGUGUUCAGCCAGAAAAGCAUUAGGGAGGUGAGAUACCAAUGCUGGAUGAUUAGUUCUGGAUCACAAAUGCCACUCCAGUUCAUCUCAAAUGUAUCCAUCACUCCAGAGAACGUGACUCUUUCUCUUACCUCUCUAGCUGACUCUUAGCAUUGGGCAUGGUGACCUUAGGCUCAUGCAUGCUUCAGAGGGUCCAAUUCUAUUGGCAGUGCUUUUCCAAGGAUAUUAUACAAGCUGCAUGUGCAGAACUGAAUGCCUGUGUGCAGCUUAAAGUAACUGAAUUGACUAAUUAGAAUGAGUGUCUGGAUACUUUUGGACAUAUAGUGUGCAUUUACACAGACACACACAGUAGGCAAAGGGAAAUAAGAGGAUAUUGUGAGAACUCACUAUUAAAUGGGCCAACUUCAAAGAAAAAAAUCUAUUUUUUAAAUUAUACAGUAGAUGGAAAGAAAAGCACAUUGUAAUGUUAUUCAGCAGUUGUCUGUCUUCUGUGAUAGUUUCCUUUACAUGCCUAAACUUUCAUAAGCUGUAAAAAUGUUCACGCUUUAUAUUAUAAAAAGCUGCUGGUCUACCGUG